AUGGCCAGGCCAGACGUGGGAAGGGAAUUUGGAUCCAGGAAUAUCAGACUAGCAGAGAAAGAUGGAACUGAUUUUCCUGUGUUCCAGGUGGAAGGGGUGUUUUAUGUCAAUGAUACCCUGGAGAAAUUGAUGUUUGAGGAGCUGCGAAAUUCAUGUCGUGGAGGAGGUGUGGGUGGUUUCAUGCCAGCCAUGAAGCAGAUUGGAAAUGUGGCAGCAUUGCCAGGGAUUGUUCACAAAUCCAUUGGACUCCCUGAUGUCCAUUCAGGUUAUGGGUUUGCAAUUGGAAACAUGGCUGCCUUUGACACGAAUAAUCCUGAUGCCGUGGUAUCACCAGGUGGUGUGGGUUUUGACAUCAACUGUGGAGUGCGUUUGUUGCGUACCAACCUUGAUGAAGGGGAUGUGCAGCCAGUAAAGGAACAACUGGCUCAGGCCAUGUUUGACCACAUUCCUGUAGGAGUCGGAUCCAAGGGAGUUAUCCCAAUGGGUGCCAAAGACUUAGAAGAAGCUUUGGAGAUGGGAGUGGAUUGGUCACUGAGGGAAGGCUAUGCCUGGGCUGAGGAUAAAGAGCACUGUGAAGAAUAUGGUAGAAUGCUGCAAGCAGAUCCUUCCAAGGUUUCUGCAAAGGCCAAAAAGAGAGGAUUGCCUCAGCUGGGCACUCUGGGUGCUGGAAACCACUAUGCUGAGAUUCAGGUGGUGGAUGAAAUCUACAAUGACUAUGCAGCUCGUAAAAUGGGCAUUGACCACAAAGGCCAAGUGUGUGUCAUGAUUCACAGUGGGAGCAGAGGUUUUGGACACCAGGUUGCAACAGAUGCCCUAGUGGCUAUGGAGAAAGCCAUGAAGAGAGAUAAUAUUAUUGUCAAUGACAGGCAGCUGGCGUGUGCCAGGAUCAAUUCCCAAGAAGGUCAGGACUAUCUCAAAGGCAUGGCAGCAGCUGGAAACUAUGCCUGGGUGAAUCGUUCCUCUAUGACCUUCCUGUCAAGACAGGCAUUCGCCAAAGUCUUCAACACUACACCAGAUGAUCUGGAUAUGCAUGUGAUUUAUGAUGUGUCUCACAACAUAGCCAAAGUGGAGGAGCAUGUGGUGGAUGGGAAACAGAAAACACUGCUAAUCCACAGGAAGGGUUCCACUCGGGCCUUUCCGCCACACCACCCUCUUAUACCAGUCGAUUAUCAGUUGACUGGACAACCUGUUUUGAUUGGUGGAACCAUGGGAACCUGUAGCUAUGUCCUUACUGGCACCGAACAAGGCAUGACAGAAACUUUUGGAACCACCUGCCAUGGGGCGGGGAGAGCUUUGUCACGUGCAAAAUCCCGACGUAACCUUGAUUUCCAGGAUGUGCUGGAUAAACUCGCAGAUAUGGGGAUUGCUAUUCGUGUUGCUUCACCCAAACUUGUGAUGGAAGAAGCACCUGAAUCCUACAAGAAUGUAACUGAUGUUGUGAAUACAUGUCAUGACGCUGGGAUCAGCAAAAAAGCUAUUAAACUGCGACCUAUUGCAGUUAUAAAAGGCUGAUGAAGGUUUCUUCAUGAUGGGCCAAAUUUGGAAAAGUGCUUUGGAUGGGCUGCUGCCUUUUUUUUAAAUAAAAAUAGUUUACCUAUUUGAAAGAUCUUUUAUUUUUAGGUUUAUCGUGCAACACAUACAGAAUUAAGUAUUGUUCCACUUACAUUUCGGAAAAUCUGAAAUUGCAUCAAAUGUUGUUAGUAGCUUGUUUAUUUUGGUGAGUUGUACUUUUUUGUGCAUAUCUCUGCAGCUAAAUUUGCAGAAUGUUUCACCUUAAUUUGGUAAAGCAGGAGUUGUGAUUUUAAAAAUCACAAUGCAGUGGCUAGAUCUACAAUAAAUUGGAAGAGUCAAACCUUG